AUGUCCGCGUUCCGAUCUAUGUUCGUCACGUCAUCUAAUGCCCCCUUAGGUUAUGUUACUCCCGAUUUUCCAUCUCUACAUUUCACAAACAGAAAUGGAGUAACUCCCAAUAUAUUCCUAUAUAACUUGAAGGAUAUCUGGAAGUUUACUGUGUACUGGACGCUGAUACUAUUUGGAAUAGUAUAUUUGAUUGCUGGGCUAGUUGCAUCUUUUACACACCGAAGAAAAGCUGGUGGCGUCUGGAUCUGGCCGGUUUAUUUGAUUCUAGGAGCAACACAUGCAGUAACUGUAGGUUCAAUCACCGGGCUAAUAAUAAGCUCCAUCUACCGAGCAGGAUUAUUCUCCAUGUCCACUUGGAUCCCAUUCUGCUGCGCCAUUGCUCAUGCGCUAUACAUUCUAUGCUCUGCUAUAUCCUAUCCAUCACUCAUAAUAUGA